CCGAUCCGCCCGCUGGCUGCGGGUGCUGGCAGGGACCCGCGCUGUGGGGCCGGCAGCCUCCCGUCCCGCUGUCUCCUCCCCGCUGCAGGCCCACAAGGGGUGGCGGCUGGUGGGCUGUAUAAAGGCAGGGGAACCUCAGCCAGCUCAAAAGAAACUCCUGGAGCCACUGGUGCUCUCCCUCCCUCCCUCCCUUCACGUGAUUCAGCUUCCCCACACCAGGGAAGCCGGGGACAAGUCACUGUGCGAGAUGGCUGCCGGCAGCCUCCUCCUCCUCCUCCUCCUGCCCUGCCUGGCCACAGCCUCGCGCAGCCCCCCCGGCUGCAGGAUCCGGAUCACCUCCAAGGGGCUGGACCUGGUGAAGCAGGAGGGGCUGCGCUUCGUGGAGCAGGAGCUGGAGAACAUCACGGUGUCCGACCUGCACGGGCAGGAGGGGCAGUUCCACUACAACAUCAGCCAGGUGAAGGUGCUGGACCUGCAGCUGCCCUUCUCCGAGCUGCGCUUCCAGCCGCGGCAGCACCUCGCCUUCGACAUCAACAACGCCUCCAUCAGCCUGCGCUUCCGCCGCCAGCUGCUCUACUGGUUCUUUUACGACAUCGGGUCCAUCAAUGCCUCUGCUGAUGGCGUCCACAUCCACACGGUGCUGCGGCUGGCCAAGGACGAGGUCGGGCGCCUCAAGAUCUCCAACAUGACGUGCAAUGCCUCCAUCGCCAGGAUGCACGCGGGCUUCUCUGGCACGCUCAGGAAGGUCUACGAGUUCCUGAGCACCUUCAUUGUCACGGGGAUGCGCUUCCUCGUCAGCCAGCAGAUCUGCCCGUCCCUGGAGCACGCCAGCCUGGUGCUGCUGAACUCGCUGCUGGACACGGUGCCAGUGAAGAACUACGUGGAUGACCACAUUGGGAUCGACUACUCCCUCCUGCAGGAUCCGUCCGUCUCCCUGGACACCCUUGACCUGGACUUUAAGGGCAUGUUCUUCUACCGUGGGAGGGAGAGCCAGGAGCUGGAGAACCACGCGGUGGAGCCGGUGAUCAAGGAGACCGAGCGCAUGGUCUACGUCGCCUUCUCCGAGUACUUCUUCGACUCGGCCAUGCACGCCUACUUCCAGGCGGGCGUCCUGGCCAUAGAGCUCGAGGGGGAGAAGGUGCCCAAGGACCUGGAGGUUUUGCUGAGAGCCACCUUCUUCGGGACCAUCUUCAUGCUGAACCCUGCCGUGGUGGAUGCGCCCCUGCGCCUGGUGCUUCAGGUGUCGGCCCCCCCCCGCUGCGUGAUCAAACCCUCGGGCACCUCCGUCUCCGUCUCUGCCUUCCUCAACAUCUCGCUGGUGCCCGCGGGCCGCCCAGCCGUGCAGCUCUCCAGCAUGGCCAUGGAAACGAAGCUGAGCGCCAAGGUGUUCCUGCAGGGGAAGGCGCUGCGCGUGCAGCUGGACCUGCGGCGGUUUCGCAUCUACUCCAAGCAGUCAGCCCUGGAGUCGCUGGCGCUGUUCUCGCUGCAGGCCCCGCUGAAGACCCUGCUGCAGCUCACCAUCAUGCCCAUCAUCAAUGAGAGGACGAGGAAGGGGGUGCAGAUCCCGCUGCCGGAGGGCAUGGACUUCACCAGGGAGGUGGUCACCAACCACGCGGGAUUCCUCACGGUGGGAGCCGAUCUCCACUUCCAGAAGGGGCUGCGGGAAGUGAUUGAGAAAUACCGCGCCGUCCCCGCGACCCCCGCAGCCCCCACCUCGCCUCCCGCAGCGCCCAGCGCAGGGCCCCGCCAGCCGUAGCUCCCCCUCGCUCCUUCACGCUGGACAGAUCCCGGGCUGGACCCGAAGGCUGUAGGUAGGAAGCGGCCCCCCCGGCACCACCAGAACAUCCCGCAGGGUGCCCCGCGCCCUGGUGGGUGGCAGCAAGGCGGAGACAGCUGCUCUGGGAACCCCUGCUGCACCCCCUCGUUACACUAAUAAACCACUCAACGCCAA